CGUCGUCUGCUCUGGUACUGUGUAGUUCUAGAGGUAGUGUGCUGUAUUCUUGGUCUUUUAACAAGUGUUAUUCAAGGAUCAGGGUCUAUUUGAGUGUUCCAAAAAUGCGGGUUGAUAGUUUAUAAAUAAAUUAAACCAUAAUAUAAAACACAUAGCUUGUUUUUGUGCACAAUAUUCAGUAAUAAUGCAAUUAAAUCGUUGGCUGUAUCGACGCGGUUCAUUGCAUUUGAGUGGUAGUGAGAUGCAUUUUAUUACCGAGAGCGGACAGUUUUAAUGCUGAGAAAGACACAUUUUGCAGGUGGCGAAUAUGGAUGAAGAUAAGGAGGAACCUCUCACACCGACUCAUGUUGACGUCAAAUCGAACUUUAUCAACGCUAACAGUGUCUACCACAGUGCCGAAGAAGUAGAUGAUAAUAGUAACAAUUGCCAACAAUCUUCAAACUAUGCAGGUAGCUGUUUGUACUUCAGUGAUGGAGUUAGAUCGAUUGAUUUUGUGUUGGUGUGGGAUGAAAGUUACACCCAGUCCAUGGACGAGAAUGCCGUUGGAAAGAGACAAGUAUUUGAAGACAGCCUGAAAGAAGAAGGCCUAGAACUAGAAUAUGAAGAUACUCAAGGAGGAGGAUUGCAUUUCAUCAAAAUACAUGCCACUCUAGAGGUUUUGAGAAGAUAUAGUGAAAUUCUAAAAUUUAGAAUGCCUAUGAAAAAGGAAUUAUGUACAAUGCACAAACAAGUUAAGCAGAAUCGCAUUUUACAAGCGACCACGUUCUUGACUGGGAAGGAGGGGGAAAUGUACUGGGCAACUGACCUGUAUGAUAACUUGAUACCCACGCUCCAUGAACGAACAUGGUCAGCUAUUGACUCCGUAACAGAUGUGUUCAGUAAGUUUAUGAAAAACUAUGUGUAUGUAGAUAAAAAAGUAUUUCCCGAUAGAGGGAGGACGUUUACUGCAGUCUACAGUAGAGAUAAGGAAUACUUAUUUGAUAUACAUUCUAGUGAUUUUUUUACUCCGGCAGCGCGCUCUCGUAUAGUGCAAUUUAUUUUAGACCGUUCCUCUUUUAACAAGGACAAAACUGACGUCUUCCACUUUGGAAUAGAACGACUCGUUGCCAGUUAUGUGUACAGUGCUGCUUAUCCACUUCAUGAUGGUGACCUGAAAACGCCAGGCAGCAUGAGAUACCUGCUGUACACAGAGUGGGCGUCGAUCAAGAAGUGCUUUCGCUACCAGCCGAUCGACCACAUCAAGAACUACUUCGGCAUCAAGAUCGGCCUCUACUUCGCCUGGCUCGGCUUCUACACACACAUGCUCACCUUCGCCUCUAUCGUCGGCCUGCUCUGUUUCAUCUACAGUACAAUUACGCUUCAUGACAAUGAUCCUAGUCAAGAUAUUUGUAACCAGAAUCUUAGCAUUAAGAUGUGUCCAUUAUGUGAUCGUUUCUGUGAUUAUUGGGAUAUUUCCGAGACCUGUUUCCACGCAAAAGUUACUUAUUUAUUCGAUAACAAUACUACUGUGUUUUUCGCCGUCUUCAUGUCAUUUUGGGCGACAAUGUUCCUGGAACUGUGGAAACGGUACUCGGCGGAGAUCACGCACCGGUGGGACCUGACAGGGUGGGACACGCAGGAGGAACACCCGCGACCCCAAUACCUGGCGCGGCUGGCGCAUCUCAACACGCAGGCGACGCGGGUCAACAUCGUCACCAACACGCUAGAGCCGAAGGUGCCCUUUUGGACCAUCCGAUUUCCUGCCACACUGCUCAGCUUCUCUGUCGUUCUGCUCUUGGUUACCUUAGCGUUAGCCACCGUGCUGGCAGUAGUGCUGUAUAGAAUGUCGGUUUUGGCCGCCCUCAGUGUGUAUGGAGACGAAGUGAUCACUAGCUAUGCAAUUCUCUUCACCACGGCUACUGCUGCUUCCAUCAACCUCACUUGCAUUUUCCUCUUCAAUUGGGUUUAUGGUUGGCUGGCCGAGUACCUGACUGAGUUGGAAAUGUUGAGAACGCAGACCGAAUUCGACGAUUCACUCACCUUGAAAAUGUACCUUCUUCAGUUCGUUAACUACUAUGCAUCUAUAUUCUACAUUGCAUUUUUCAAGGGAAAACUAGUGGGCUUCCCGGCAGCCUAUAAUAGGAUACUGGGCACUAGGCAAGAAGAGUGUGGUCCAGGAGGCUGUCUGACUGAACUCUGUAUCCAACUAGCAAUUAUUAUGAUUGGAAAACAAGCUAGUAAUACAGUUAUCGAAAUGCUAUAUCCACUGGCGUGGAAAUGGUGGAAUUCGGUGCAGCUGAAGAGGAGAAGCAUGAAGCGAGGCCACACCCAGUGGGAACAGGACUACAAGCUGGUUGAUUGGGGAUCGCAGGGUCUAUUUGCCGAGUACCUCGAAAUGGUGUUGCAAUACGGUUUCGUGACGAUCUUCGUGUCGGCGUUCCCGUUGGCACCACUGUUCGCUCUGCUGAACAACAUCCUGGAGAUGCGUCUGGACGCCAAGAAGCUGCUCACCUUCCACCGACGCUUCGUGUCGCAGCGCGUUCGCGACAUCGGCGUCUGGUUCAAGAUACUCAACUCGGUCGGCAAGCUGGCCGUCAUCACCAAUGCCUUCAUCAUUGCGUUCACCAGUGAUUUUGUGCCGCGUACUGUCUACACGCUCAUGAUAAGUGAUACACACUCGUUGGAGGGAUUCCUCAACAAUUCGUUGAGCUACAUGAAUACUAGUGACCUCGACCUCGAUUCUCCGCCCAAGACUAAGAUUGAUUAUUGCAGGUAUUCAGAUUACAGAGAACCGCCCUGGAAAGAUAAUAAAUACGAACGGACAAAUAUGUAUUGGAGAGUACUGGCUGCUAGGCUUGCUUUUGUCGUGAUAUUUGAGAACGUGGUCGUAAUGGUUGUCCUUUUCGUGCAAUGGUUAGUGCCCGACAUGCCAUCUAGAUUGCGCGACCAAAUCCACCGCGAGAACUACAUCACCAACGAGAUCAUAAUCGCGCAGGAGGCGAAGCGCGCUCGUCACAACUCGUCCAUCUUCAACUCUGUCGAAGACAUGAAGCAGGUGUUCUCGAGAAUCCGACAUCUCAGCGAAAACCGCGAGGACAGAGCUGACCUGCUGAAAGACAAGGAUGACGAUGACGGCGACGAUGCUGAAGGUGGUCUCAAAAAGUCCAACGGUAAAGUCCAAAGUCCGCAGGAGAGUUUGAAGUUCACGAAGGAAGAGAUCAAAGACGCGGUCCUGGUGCAUAAACCUGAGAAUUUGGGGGAGAUUUCUGAAGUGUCUGUGUGAUAAGUAAAUUCAAAAUUCUACGUCGUCUUUGUUUGGAAAAUUGAUAUUUUGAUAAGAUAAAAAUUCACUAGAGAACUAAGCACUUCUGCUUGGACCAGAGAAUCUCUCAAGUAUCUGUGUGAUCUUAAUUUUAAAAAUUGUUAACGGGUUUCUCAAGGAUACUCGGUAAAUUGAACACUGAACGAAUUGUUCUCCUCAUUACCGUACCAAGAAUGAUACUAUUUUUUGGUAGAUUAGAAAUUCACCAAAUACUGGACACUAAAUUCAUUUAAAGAUACUAAAUUAAGUUUAGAUACUUGAAAACUGAAGGUUGUUAGAUACUAAAUAAUUUAAGGUUUUCAGAUACUGAAUUACUGAAGGUUAUUAGAUACUAAAUUUACUAAAGUAAUAGAAGACGAUCUGAAAAUCUUAAUGAAAUCUGUGUAAUGUGGAUUCAAAAUUCAGAAAAGUAGUAAUCGAUUUUCAAAACGGGUUUUCUCAAGAAGAUAUUAUUUGCUAAAUUUUAAAAUCGCCAAAGAAAAUAUAUAAGAUGUUGUUCUUGGACACAAACCUGAAAUAUGUUUUGUAAAAAAUAUCUUAGGUGUUUCACAUCUAUUCGCUGUAAAUUCAGAAUUCAAAUUUCUGCCUUAAGAAUUCAAAUAAGUCUUUCUUAAAGGAGAAAAAUGAAUGACAUUGUAGAAAUAGAAUGUUGCCAGUAAUGAAGUCCUUUAUCACCAACCUGGCAAUUCGGGUAAAACCUCAAGUAUCUUUUUGAUAUUUUUUUGGAAAGCUGUUUUAUUGUUUUACUCGAUGAGUGCUGUUUCUUCGAGUAUAGAUGAAAGUGAGAUUCGUGAAUGAUUAGCAAAAAUUCUAAAUUUACCAAUAAUGGUAGCUCUUGAAAACUUGACAAUUUCAGUGAAAUUUUAUUCGCUAUUUUAUUGUUUUAUUGAAUGAAUGCUGUUGAUGAGAAUACACAUGGAAUUUAGUUAUUGGACAUGGACUUGUACCAUGAUAAACUCCCACACUAUUGUGAGAUCCACGUUAUAAUGGCAGUAUUUUUUAACAUUGGUGUUACUAUCGUUGAAUAUUAUGUAACAAAGCAGCGCUAUCCUUCUACACCUCCGCAACGUUGCCAGACCGUUUUUUAACAAUGUAGAAAAGAAAAAACUUGUAGUACCCUUUAUUAAAAACUUUAAAAUAUUUUAAUCACUAGUUUAAUGAAAAAUAUACAAGUUGAUAUUUUCACAUUUUACUUGAAAAUGACCUAUGGUCGAAACUAGUCGUUAAAAUAUUUUAAAGUUUUCAAUAAUGGGUACUACAAGUUUUUAUAUUGAUUUUAUUAAUUUCAAUAAAAUUAGCCCAUUGAAACAUUACUCUCUUUUAAAAGCUUAUUCUUUUAUUUUCUAUAUUAUUAUUACAGAUUGAAUUCACGAACAUCAAAGAUAGAAUGAAGCGUUUUUCAAUCGAAUUAAUCUCAAUUUACUGUGAUUAGAUAGAACAUUUCUGUAUGGACUAUGAAUGUUAUUUUAGUUUCUUCUAUCGUAAUAAAUGUUUUAUGCUUUUGUUCUCCAGAGCGAAGCUCGGUCCCCGUUAUUAAACGUUUAACCAGACAAACCAGCUGUUUACUUGGUAAUCCAAUAUCGAUAUUAAUCAAUAUAUGAUAUUGAUAUUACUAUCGAUACAUCAAUAUCGAUAUAUUAUUAUUGUUGACAUUGCGAUACAAUCAACUAACUGUAACAUUGCACCAUUAUUAAGUAAAGUGUUUUUAAUCAUCAAAAUAUCUAAUAUCAAUUAUGAAUAUUCAUUAUUAAAUUAUAAUUUCUUGACAAAUAAAAUAUAGUCGAUAAAAUUUUCAACAAGAACUAACAGUUGAUUUGUAUUCCGUAGAAGGCAGAGAAUCGGCAACGCUGUUCUUCCAUCUUUCUCCACUGCCAUUAUAACGUGGACCUCACAAUAGAAGUGUGAAUCAGAUACUUGAUUUGAAUCUAGUGUGCAAGAGCCUUUUUCCUAAACUACUUUUUUUAAUUGAAUUUUCAGAUUCUCAUUUUACAAGAUCUUGGAGACAGUCUCUUGAAACUUAAGAAUCUCUGGGACCCGUUUCAUGACAAAUUAACAUAUUACAAUCACAAAAUAAAAAUAGAAACCCUCAUAAGAUUUUUCACAUCCUAGAAUCUCAUAAAUUUGUUACUAAUUCUAGUUUGCAAAGAGUUUUACAUAAUAGCCUUAAAGUUACUACUUUGAAAAAUAAUAUCUACAGAAAACCUACUUCAAGAUCACACACUAUUAGACAAGUGAAGACAAGUAUAGCACGGCUUGCUAUGUGGUUGAAAUUGGUAAUGUCAAUCAAUUUUCCUGUUUAGUAUUAAAGAACGUCUAUUUACUAAGUAACUGAUCUUAUAACGUGAGAUUGUUGGAUGAUUCAGUGAAAUUCUUUUUAUUAAUGAUUAUCAAUGCUUCAAUCAUUAACAUUUUUAAUUUUCUGUUUUUUUUUCAUAUAAAUGACAAUCCGUUUAGUGUUGAUAACUACCUUUAUAACUUUCACUGCUGCUAAUAAUGAUUAGAAUGAAGUAACUGAUUGUUAGGUUUGAAAUUAUUCUAGUUCAAUUAUGCUGAAAUUACCAACUACUCAUAAGAACAUUAUGAUUGGUAGUUGUAAAAUAAAAAUAUUUUAUGAGAAACCUGGUCAAAGGACAAACUUUAUUAGUCUAUAAGAAAUAUAUUAUAUUAUUGUGUGAAUGUUAUCAAUUACAGUAUUUGAGUGUACUGUGUUUCAAUAUGGUGCUUUUUCAAUAUAAGAAUUAUAUGUGUUUUGAUUUAAUGUGUUGUUUGAAUAGAACUUUUUAAAGAAUUGUUAUUAAAUCUACUCAUAGGCUAGGGAAAGCAUUUGUCACAAUUUUAAUUGUUUAUUAAUGUAUUCAUCUUCAUGAUAUUAUGGAUAAGGAGUACUUCACAACUAGGAAUGUUAUAAUAAAAGUAGCUAUGAAUUUGUUAAAUAUUGUUACAGCUUUAAUCCUGCAAAUCAACCGUGUUAACUUUCUAAUAUCUCUUGAAAUCGAUUACCAUAAUCUAAUAUCUACAAUUUUCAUAGUUUUGUAUUUUUUUAGAUUCUAUAAAACAUUUUAAAUUAUGCAGUUCAUUCGAAUUAAACGAGUUGUAGUUUUAAAUUACAGUUUUUAAACGAGCAGCAAUUUUUUAAUUUCUACAAUUUUCAUAGUUUUGUAUUUUUUAGAUUUUAUAAAAAAUGCAGUUAUUUGCAGUUCAUUUGAAUUAAACGAAUUAAUGAACGAAUCAAAUUAAAAUUAAUGAACGUGAAAAAUUAUUCUCGUUCAUUUAUCUUAUUUAUUCUAGAGAUAUCCUUCAUUACUCUUGUAAAGUAAAAAUUUGAAAUCGUCUCAGUUACGGUAUUAUAUUUAAUAAAUUACCUUGUGAAUAAUGGUAGCUAUUUUGGCAUCUUUUAGAAUCUCAUGCCAAUAAAUUUUCAUUUUUAAAAUUGCCAUGCUCAAUCUUGGCUAUAUUCACAAAAAUUAAUUCAAUCAGUUUCUCUCAAUCAAAAUUUUUGAAUGGAUAUUAUGCAGUGUGGUUAGUUUAGAAAGCCGAAAUUACCGUAAAAAUAAUUAAUUUUGUUUGGUUUUUAUAUUGCCAAGAAAAGGACAACUGCAAACACUGAAACUCAAUACAAUUAUUAUCCGUAUCUGUUGUUUUGUUCUAUGUCUUACUGUGUGGCUCAUGAUAUUUGUUAUUUAUUUUAUUAUUCAUACAUUAAUCACGUACCGACAGUGCCAUUAAAGGAUUAAACAUUAAGUUACCAAUCUAAAAACGAGUACUACAUUGCCUUUCUAGUGAAUUACUUGGAAUGUUGUUGUAUGUACUUAUCUGACUACAAUGUUGCUACUACUGUAACUUGUUACUAAACUAAGGACAUUUCUUCUAACUGUGUUAUUAGUGCCUGUCUAGUCAUUAUUUCUUCAAUUUUUCUUUGAUUAUUUUACGUUCAACCAUUUUAUAUAUAAAUAAACACUCGAUUGUACAUAAUAUGUGUGUUCUUUUUUGUAAAUAAAAUGAUACAGUAUCGGUUAAAUGGAGUA